AGAGAGAGAGAGAGAGAGAGAAAUGGUUUAGUUUAAAAAUCUAAAUCAAUCACAAUUAAUUGAUCCGGAUGAGAAAUAGUGAAAAAAAACAAUGGAUGGAAGAAAAUCACAACAAAAUAUUGAUGCCAUUCUAAAUUAUUUGGGCAAUAUUGGUACAUAUCAAUGGCAAAUAUUCAUGUUAUCCAUAUUACCAGUAUUCAUUGCUGGUAUGUUGAGCACAACGUUUAUUUUCACAACAUCCAUACCAGAAUAUAGAUGUUUCAUUGCCUAUUGUGAUCCGUUUGAACAACAACAACAACAACAGGAAGCAUGGACAAAAAAUGAAUUAUUUGCCAAAUCAUUUCUAUCAUUUGCAAUGCCAAUGAAAAAUUCUAUAGAAUUUGAUCACUGUUAUUUGUAUGAUCACAAGAAGCAACCAUCAUCAAUGAACGGUACCGAUUGUUUACCGCAAUCAUUUGAUAAUCAAACAUUGAAAACCUGUGAUAAUUUUGUAUUUAAUCAUGAAUAUUUUCAUUCAACAAUUGUUACUGAAUAUCAACUUUAUUGUCAUAAUGAAUGGAUCGUACAGGUGAUGCAAUCAUUAUUCUUUUUCGGUGUAUUGGUCGGUGCCAUCGUUAAUGGGAUAUUGGCAGAUAAAUUUGGAAGACGAAUCAUUUUUGUCAUCUAUAGUCCUGUUACAACUAUAUGCAUCUUAAUUGCAAUAUUUUCACCGAAUCUUACCAUUUAUACAUUAAGUCUGUUUAUCAAAGGAAUCUGUGUGGCAGCUAUUUAUCAAUCAUCAUUUACAUUGGGCAUCGAAUGUUUGGGUGGUAAAUGGCGAUUUUGGCUCGGUAAUUCAUAUAGUGUUAUAUUUGCCACUGGUGCUAUUUAUUCAUGUCUAUGUGCAUGGUGGCUUCGUUCAUGGCGUUCAAUGGAAUUAUCGAAUAUUGUGCCAGCAAUUUUUAUGUUACCAUAUCCAUUAAUUUUAUCCGAAUCAAUGAGAUGGCAAUUUUCAUCGGGAAAAAUUCCACAAGCAUUACGACAAUUAACAAUGGCAGCAAAGAAAAAUAAUGUCGAAAUACCAGAUGAUUUGAUUCAAUCAUUUUUGGUGAAUGAUUCGCAAAAGCCCACAAAAACCUGUGAUCAAUCAAAUGAUGUAUCGAUUAAAGAUUUAUUCAAACAUAAAUUAAUACGUAAAUGGACCAUAACAUUUCUUUAUGUUUGGUUCACAAAUGCAUUGGUCUAUUAUGGAUUAUCAUUUCUUGCAUCGGACAUUAAUCAAAAUAUCUAUUCAUCAAUGAUAUUGUUAAUGGUUGUUGAAUUUCCUGGCGUAUUUGUUGCAUCAUAUCUUGGUGAUUUUACUAGAAAAUAUGUUUUAAUGGGCAUCAUGAUUAUUGGUGGAUUGUCAUGUAUUAUUUCAUCAUUUCUAUCAGCUGGUGAUAUGAAAAUGUGGCUAGCCAUUCUUGGCAAAAUGAGCAUUAGUGGAUCAUUUUCAUUGGUUUAUGUUUAUGCAGCAGAAAUGUUUCCCACUAUACUUCGUAUCACUGGUUUAGGAAUGUGUUCAUUUUGUGCACGUUUUGGUGCAAUGACUGCUCCAUAUCUGCUACAAUUGCAUUUAUUUGGCGAUUCAUUUCCAUUUUUAGUUAUCGGUAUCAUUACAUUAAUAGCUGGUAUUGUAAGCAUAAUAUUACCUGAAACAAAAGGAAAAAAAUUACCCGAUACAUUGGCCGAAGUGGAACAAUUAAAAUAUUCGAAUAAACGAAUCCAUUUGUAUGAACGUUUAUCACCGAAUCUAUUAGAAGAUGAAACGGAUGAUUUGUUAGCGAAAUGAGUGGAUGAAUGAAUGAAUGAA